AUGUGUAAUCUCAGAAAUUCAGAUUUUCUAUCUGUUCUGAGACGGGAUGUAUUGGAAUCUGUUCGUGGAGAAAGACGAGUGAUAGUAGCAAGCUACGAUCGAUCUCAAUUGGAACAAACGGGCACAGGUCACUUCUCUCCACUUGGUGCAUUCCAUGCGAAAAGUGAUCGCGUUCUGAUCAUGGACGUGGCCAGGUUCAAGUAUCCACCUCAUUGGGUGGAGCUCAAGCAACUUCAAAAAGCAAUGUGCUCCAUAGAUCCGACCACUAGGAAGACAAGAGGAUAUGUAAAGUUGGAGCUCCGCCCGAAAACACGGCCACUAGUAGCGUUUGCAUUGAAAGCUAGUCUUGGCUGUAGCAAUGAAGCAAAUUUCGCGUCGGCUGUUCUUGCUUGGAAAGAAUUCCUAUUAUGUGAUGUGAUGCCCGACGAAGAAGAAGAGCUGCAGUUGUGCUGUCGUAAAUUUGGUCAGUGUUUUUCGCCUCACGCAAUGUGUUGUGACCAGAAAGAUGUCAAGGUGGACAAGGCGAACUGCGGAUGUCAGGCGGCUCUUGGAGAAGCGUGUCGUACUGUGUGUACAGAGGAAGGCUAUUCCGAACGUAGUGAUCGGCUAGCCAAAUUGGCAAAAGAAGAAGUGAGCAAAUUCUCACCGGACACAAAGAAUGAGAUUUGCCUGCUAGCUACGCAACUAUCCUCGCUCAUCGAGUGCUCGAAACCUCCUCCGGUGUUACCGAGCAAAAACGAAUCAAAACUGUCGAAAUGCUCUUCGCAUAAAUCGGGUUGCAGCUGCAAGUACGAUGUGAAGUUGUAG